AAUAAUAGCGAAAAAUUUAUGUUUCGUCAGAUAGCAGAAACUAAAUAAUUCAGCACGAGAAAAUAAAAAACAACAACAACAUCAACAACAACAGAAAAAAAAAUAAGACGGGCGUCAGACAGGCAAUGCUGAUAGAAAAAGGCGGCGUUAAGAACCAAAAACGAAAAGUACGAAAUGUGUAUGCAUUUAAUGAUUACCGUCAUGAGACACGCAACUUUGUUCUUCCUGCUGAUCGCUUCGGUUCUGGUGUCUGCGCAGAACUCCUACACAACGAAAUACGAUGCAAUCAACGUGGACGGCAUAUUGGGAAACACGAGGCUGCUGAAUAAUUACCUGAACUGUCUUCUGGAUAAGGGAAGAUGCAACGAGGAGGGAAAGACCCUUAAGGAAGUCGUGCCAGAUGCUCUCAUAACCGAUUGCAGCAAAUGCAGCCCAACCCAAAGGACGUCCAUCGAGAAGGUCAUCAGACACCUGGUGAAGUACAGAAGGGCUGAUUUUAAUGCUCUUGCUGCAAAGUACGAUCCGCAGGCCGCAUACCGUUCUAAGUAUCAAAAAUAUUUAGCUUAA